UGACGCAGGUUGACCAAAGCUGUUGUGGAUUCAAAUCCUCAUGGACCGCACAGUAUAUACACGGUUUGUAGCUGAAGAUGGUGAUGAUCCCGAAAAGCAUGCUGUUUUUUAGCUUAUUCUGAGGAAUUGAUGAUUUACUCAAAUUCGACCCUUGGUGUUUUUCAGCCGAUCGUGGUACUUUCUGAACGGCACUCAGAUUCUCUCGGUCAGCUUGUUUGACUCCCCGAGCCAUACCUAUUUUCGCACCUCUCUAGUUGGAAAAGAUGUUGAUCAAGGUGAAAACCCUUACUGGCAAAGAGAUUGAGAUCGACAUCGAACCCACAGACAAAGUGGAGCGAAUCAAAGAACGAAUUGAGGAGAAAGAAGGCAUACCUCCACCUCAGCAACGACUGAUUUUUUCUGGCAAGCAGAUGCAUGAUGAAAAAGUCGUAUCUGACUACAAAAUUCAAGGUGGAUCGGUGAUUCAUUUGGUAUUAUCUUUACGUGGCGGCUCUUGUUGGGAAUAAAUGGCGCACGACAAUCUCCCAGUGACAUGUAAAAAUCCUUUGAUUUUAUUCAGUGUUCAGCGAUUCGCUGCAAAGUGUAAUGUUUUUUCUUGAUC